AUGUGCUGUAAAAGUACCGACGAAGCAGACAAAGAGAAUCGGAGGAGAAGUCAGUUGUGCACGCGCUCUCACGCACCGGCGCGUGUUACUGUUCACCAGAGUUUCGGGUGGCACGUGGAGCUCACGCGCGGUGAUUCUGAUGACCGGAACUCAGGGUUUUGCCGAUCGGCGGCUUCUGAAUCUCCCUUGGGUGGCGGUUUCGGGAUUCCUCGGUGCACUCUUGCUAGCUUGCUGGUUUAUAAUGUGAAGGUCUUAAGAGAUGUACUGUUAGGGAAGAGAGGGCCAAUUGCAGAUGCAUUUGUUAGUUUUCUCUGCUUGCUUUCAAGCCCAACUGAUUGCUCUCUGUUUCUUGUUGUGUCCAGAAUUAGUUAUGGACUGUACCAUUGGAUAACAAUUGGGCAGAUCCUAAAUGUUGCAGUUGCACUGUUGGUGAGCAGCCACGUGAACAGGUUAGCUGAAGGAGUAUCCUUGGCAUGCGAAACACUAUUAUCAGUAAAAGCUCUUAAGACACUGGAUUUGUGGAUACAUAUUUCCAAGGGGAAGUAUGCUAGGAAGGUGGAAGGGUUGGAUGGUGUGGUUGACAUUGUCGGAACGGGUGGUGAUGGUGCAAACACAGUGAACAUUCCUACUGGUGCUUCAAUACUUGCUGUGGUUUGUGUUGCAAAAGUUGCUGAGCAUGGAAGUCGUUCUAGCUCUUGUGCAUGUGGAAGUGCUGAUGUGUUAGAAGCUUUAGGUGUAGUUCUUGACUUGGGACCAUAGGAUGUAACAAGGUGUGUAAAUGAGGAAGGGAUUGGUUUCAUGAUUUCUCCAAAGUAUCAUCCAGCAAUGAAUAUUGUUAGGCCAGUGAGGAAAAUGCAGAAAGUAGAAACUAUAUUCGAUAUCUUGGGCCCCAUGUUGAAUCCUGCGUGGGUGCCUUUCGCUGUGGUUGGUGUAUACACUGAAGACUUGGUACUCAAAAUUGCCAACGCGUUGCACCGAUUUGCCAUGAAAAGAGCAUUAGUUGUUGACUCAGAGGGCUUAGAUGAGAUGAGUCCCCUUGGACCUGGUCUGGUGCUUGAUGUCACCCCAAAAAAGAUUGAGAGAUUCUCAUUUGAUCCCUUGAAGUUUGGAAUUCCUCGGUGCACUCUUGCUAGCUUGCUAGUUUAUAAUGUGAAGGUCUUAAGGGAUGUAAUGUCAGUUGCAGAUGCAUUUAUCCUAAAUGCUGCAGCUGCAGCUGCACUGUUGGCGAGGAGCCAUGUGAACAACUUAGCUGAAGGGGUAUCCUUGGCAUGCAAAACACUAUUAUCAGGAAAAGCUCUUAAGACACUGGAUUUGUGGAUACAUAUUUCCAAGGUUAGUACUAGUACAAUCUAG